AUGGCUAGACAAGUCGGUCUUUUGGCGGCCGGUUGCCAACCAUGGAAUCGUGAUGUUUGCUCAGCAAGUGGCAAUCGCUUUGCUUAUUGUGCAACCCUUGCAAUCUAUAUUUACGAGCUAAAUCAGCAAUACAAUGAAUAUAUGUUAUGUUCUAUUAUGUCUGAACAUAAAAAGACGAUUACAUCUAUUGCAUGGAAUCCACGCGACCCAGAUAUUAUUGCCAGCUGUAGUACUGAUCGUACGCUCUAUAUCUGGAACGUAGCAAGUAAAAGUAUCGUUGCUAAUGUAGAACUAAAAGGAAGUGCUCUACCAGCUGUGAUUGCCUGGAAUCCACACGACAAGAAUAUCGUCACGAUAGCUCUUAAUUCGGGAUCGUUUAUGCGAUGGGAUUGCAGCUGUCCAUCUAAUUACCCAGUUAUUUUUAACAAAGAUAGUAAUUUUGUAUCAAGGAUAACCCAUUUUCGUUGGCAUAACCAUUUAAAAAAUACCUUAGCAUUUGGCCACUUUAAUGGAUCAUUAUCAUUUUUCUAUCAGUCAAGAAAGUGCCAAAAGAAUUGUUUAAUGCCAGAAAGUACUCAAGAGAGUGCCGAAAAUAUGGUAAUAUCUGUGGAAUGGGAUGUCCUUUCCGAUGACUAUUUGCUUGUUGCUAACGCUAUUACUGGUGCUAGACUGAUUGACUCACGUUCGUUGACAGUACUGAUGCAAUUCAAGCUUCCAAGUUCCUCAGCACAUAUUCAUACGCUAGCUUGGCUAAAAAAUGCUCCAGGAAUGUUUGUUACAGGAGAUACUGAGUCAGGCGUUAUGCGAAUUUGGAACGUUUCUAGACAGAGUCCUAUUGAAAAUAUUACUGUUAAAAUUACUGUUGGGUUUCAUGAAUUAUCUGUUUUGGAUACGCCUUAUCAAGAAAAACAAGAAGAAGCACCGAGCUCACCUACGAAAUCUAAUGGUAGUGUUGCCUUACCUCCUGCACGAAUAGUCUGUACUUUUGCUGAUGGCGGUGUUGGUCUGUACAGUUUGCAGCAACGAAGGUGGGAAUUUCUAAGAGAUUUGGGCCACAUAGAGACAAUUUUCGACUGCAAGUUUAAACCAACUAAUCCAAGUUUACUUGCAACUGCAUCUUUCGAUGGAACUAUUAAAGUGUGGGAUAUCAACACUAUGACUGCUAAAUAUGCUUCUCCCGGAAACAAGGGUAUCAUCUAUUCAGUUUCAUGGGCCCCAGCCGACCUAAACUGUUUAGCAGCAUCUACUGCUAAAGGUGGUGCAUUCAUUUGGGAUGUAGAUAAAGUUAAAGUGAUCAGAAGAUUUACAGAGCAUGGGAAGAACGCUGUUUAUUGUGUUUCGUGGAAUCAAAAAGAUUCAAGAAAGAUUGCAACCUGUGGGGCUGAUGGCAACUGUAUCAUUCAUCAUGCCGAUGGUCAAAUCAUCGCGAAAUUUAAGCACCCAGGUUUUGUUUUUGGAUGUGAUUGGAGCCCUACUAAUAAGGACAUGAUCGCUACGGGUUGUGAUGACAAACGAAUAAGAGUAUUUAUCUUAACUACGAAUUCUGAUACACCGCUGAAAACUUUUUCUGGUCAUACAGCCAAGGUAUUCCAUGUUCGUUGGUCUCCAUUACGUGAGGGGCUGUUAUGUAGUGGAUCUGAUGAUGGUACUGUUCGUAUUUGGAAUUAUACACAGGAUUCAUGUGUUAUCGCUCUCAAAGGUCAUACAGCCCCUGUCCGUGGGCUAAUUUGGCAUCCGGAAAUUCCAUUUCUCCUAAUUUCCGGUAGCUGGGAUAGUACUAUAAGGAUCUGGGACAUUAGGGAUGGUGCAUGUAUAGAAACCAUCCUUGAUCAUGGAGCCGAUGUCUACGGUCUUAGUAUCCAUCCUCUUCGGCCCUUCACGUUGGCAUCUUGCUCUCGAGAUUCUACAUUAAGAAUCUGGCAUUUAUCAUCAUUUUCCAGUCGCAUCUAUACGUCUUUAUUAGCGAAAAGACCCUGGAAUGAAAUAUUGGGCACCGCCGAUGAUGCAAUGGUGGCUGAACAUGAGAUUAUACUUUGUGGACCGAUAUCGAGACUUCUACGUGCUAACUUUGGGAACGACACUAACGUCCAAGAUAUGAAAUUGCGGUCAUUUUCGGAAUUUCUCCUGCCACCCAUUGGUGUCAAUAACUGUUGGACUCUCCUGGAUGUGAUACUAAAAGAUAACGAUUCAUUACUACCCACGGAUUACAGCGAAGGGAUUAUGCACGUCAAACAUAUUUCAAAAUAUAAAAUCUCGCAAGCUCAAGAGCUGGAAUCUACCAAGAUGUCAAAAUUUAGCGGGGGUAUUGGUAAUACUAGUAAGGAAGAGAAAUUACGGAAAGCUGCAGCUCUAUACUUACAGCUUGGUCACACACAAAAAUAUUGUGAAUUAUUAAUCGAGAUAGGAGAGUGGGAUAAAGCUUUAGCAGUAGCUCCUUCAGUAUCACUUACCUUCUGGAAAAAUCUUGCGGAAAGACACGCUAAAUAUCUUGCCAGUGAGGACUCCGAGGAUUGUGUACCAUACUUUAUUGCUACCAGAAAUUAUGAAAAUCUGAUUACAUUAUUAAAAAGUAAAGCAAGGCUGCAUGAAGCGGUUCUAAUAGCUCAAAUAGCGCAAGCUGACCCCGUAAAUUACGAUGAAUCUGCUAUUGCAACAGCUGCAAAACACCUUCCAAGUCUUAAAACUAAGAGUUCUCCCUUUAAAAAGUUGCUGGACGAUACUGUAAAUCUACUUGCAAACAGAUACUUUACCAGCGGCCGGCCGGUUAUGGCAGCGAAUUGCCAUCUAUCGAAUGAUCAGUAUGACUUGGCUAUGUCAAGAUUGAUUAUGGGUAAUGAAUUAGAAUUGGCUGUCAGCAUUGGAAUAGUCUUAAAAGAACGUUGCUCAUAUGAAUGUUUUGAGAUUGCUGCAAGGCUGCUAGCUAGAAAGUGUGAAAAAUUAAAGAAAUGCUUUAACAUCUGUCUUCAUAGGGAUUUGGCGAUUCAAAUGUUGAAUCAAUUAACUAAUUCAAAACCAUGGCUUGUCAUGACUUGUGCGAGAUAUUCAAAUAAUGCAGAAAAUAUUAACGCCUUGCAUAAAAUGGCUGGUUUAUCAGAUAUAGAAUAUUACGAUAAGAAAAGUAAAAAUGAAAAUUCACCACUAAUAGAAAGACUAGAAAAUUGCAUCCUUUCCUCUAAUCCUGAGGAUGCUUUGGAUAUAGGAAUAAAUGCCAUGAAAGGAAUGAUGUCAAAACCGAAGUGGAAUUUAAAUGAAGUGUUCGAGAUAAUACAAUAUCUUAGUUGCAUAAGACCAGAGAAGUUACAAGACUCCAGCUGCUCGAGGCAAAGGUCGGAAUUAUUGGCUUUAGCAUCGAUUGUGGGUGCCCUUAUGUGUGUCCGAAUGAGUUACGAUAGUCUUGUUCGGCCAUUGUUUCUAAAUGCAAAAUCGCUAAUGCAAAGAGAAGAUCUUGAACUGCCAUUGAAUAUCACCCAAAUAAAUGCUUACAUUUUGGCUUGGCAAGCGAGAACUUUGUCACCGAAUUCUAAUAUUUAUCCCUUAGGUGAACUCACCAGUGAGUCCCUUCGUGGUCCUGUAAUUUGUAGUGGAUCAUCUUAUCCUUCGCAUUCAGACGUAAAGUUUUGCAGUGUCACCGAUACUCGUAUACAUGGGAGUGCGUUCUUUUUAGAAAACGGACAGUCAUGUAUGGCUCUGAAUAAUGCUAUCAUGUGGGCUUUAGCCAACCCAUUUUCCCCACUAAAUUCUGGUGCGUUAAUAAAUCCGUUUUAG